AUGGGCAGCCUGUUCUGUGGGGUGUCUACAAAAGAAGCAGGCUUCCGAGGAGAAAAGGCUCUGUGUACCGAUCGACGGGUUGUGCUCCCUCCGGGCAUCACAGCAAAAAGACUGACAACCAAAAAGAGUGGCUCAGCUUUAAGGGCAGGCUCCUCACCGUCCUACACCCCGAAAACGCUCGUCGGGCUAACACACCCGCUAAUUCCUGAGGCUCCUCCCAGCUCCCCCAGAUCUCCCCGAAGAUCUGAAGCCUCGCUUGGUGCCACGCGCCCCAUCCCGAACACCCCUUCUGGCCGCGUGCACAGCAUACUUUCAGACCUUGGGGACUCGCAGUGCAGUCCCUCCAAGGGGCUGUGGGCCCAAAGGACAGCGACAGGGCUAAAACUCCGACGCCGGCAAACAGCAGACCCUCCAACUGCCCCGGCCCGGGGCCCGGGAGGGGCCAACGCGCCCAGCCCCGGGGCCAACAGGCGGCGUCCGGCCGUUGCCAUGGCCACGGUGCGCGUUGGGACCGCGCACGCACCCCGCGCGCGCCGGGAGCCAAUCGGCAGCCGGCCCGGGCUUAAUAAAUUUGAAGUGCAAUGUCUUAUAAAUCUUUUUUAUAACCUGGUGGGAGAUGUAACAGAGCGGCAAGGUAUGGUCACUGGACUAGAUCGUAAUGCAUUUCGAAACAUCUUACACAUGACAUUUGGAAUGACAGAUGACAUGAUUAUGGACAGAGUAUUCCGAGGUUUUGAUAAGGACAACGACGGCUGUGUAAACGUAUCAGAGUGGAUUUCUGGAUUAUCAGUAUUUCUUCGAGGAACUCUGGAAGAAAAAAUGAAAUAUUGCUUUGAGGUGUUUGAUUUGAAUGGUGAUGGAUUCAUUUCAAAGGAGGAGAUGUUCCAUAUGUUAAAGAACAGCCUUCUCAAACAGCCGUCUGAAGAAGACCCUGAUGAAGGAAUUAAAGAUUUGGUUGAAAUAACUCUUAAAAAAAUGGACCAUGAUCAUGAUGGGAAGCUGUCUUUCUCAGAUUAUGAACAGGCUGUGAGGGAAGAGACCCUUCUACUAGAAGCUUUCGGACCAUGUCUACCUGAUCCAAAGAGCGAGAUGGAAUUUGAAGCCCAAGUUUUUAAAGAUCUGAAUGAAUUCAAUGAUAUAUAA